AUGAUGCUGAAAAACAACAAGAAGAAAAGGAGACUGAGACUUUUCCUGAGAAGGCUUAAAGAUGUUGCUUAUGCUGCUGAAGACGUUUUGGAUGAAUUCGGUUACCAAACCACAAGAUUGAAGGUGACAAACAGCAAAAUGAGCUACUUCUUGCAUUCAAUUUCAGUUCCUUUUAAAUCAAAGAAGGCUAAAAAGAUUCAGAAGACAAACAUGGAGUCUGAUGAAAUCAAAAGAAGGGAUGCUGAAAAGUCAGAGAUAGUAACCAUGUUAACUACCUCUGACAAUGAAGAUAUUCUUUCGGUCCUUCCCAUAGUUGGAAUUGGAGGGCUUGGAAAGACCACACUUGCUCAGCUUGUCUACAAUGAUGGUCUUGUAGUCAAGUAUUUUGAUAAAAGAGUUUGGAUUCAUGUCUCUAGAGAUUUUGAUGACAAGAAAAUUUUGACAGAUAUCACUAAAUCUAGGAUCCUUAAAGAUGCGUUGACUGGGAAGCGGUUUUUACUUGUGUUGGAUGAUGUAUGGAAUGAUGAUAGUGAGCAAUGGGAUAUGCUUAAGACUUCAUUAAAAAUUGGUGCCAGAGGUAACAAAAUCAUUGUUACUACUCGUAUUGUUGAAGUUGCAUCAAUAGUAGGCACAAUUGCUCCACACCACCUUAAAAACUUAUCAAAAGCUAAUUGUCGGUCCAUUCUCAAAAAUAGAGCUUUUGGAAAUGGAGGGGCUGAAGAGACUCCAAAAAUGGUGGCAAUAGGGAAAGAAAUUUUGCAAAAAUGUGCAGGGGUACCAUUAGCUGCAAAAACACUAGGAGGCUUGAUGCAUACCAAGAAAGAUGAACAAGAGUGGUUAUCAAUAAAGAAUAGUGAGAUCUGGGCUUUACCUAUGGAUAAAUAUGGAAUCCUUCCUGUACUGAAAUUGAGCUAUGAUCACUUGGUAUCACCUUUGAAACAAUGUUUCUUAUAUUGUUCGAUAUUUCCAAAGGAUGCUUAUAUCUUCAAAAAUGAUCUAAUCCAACAAUGGAUGGCAUUAGGGUUCCUCCAACCAUCCAUAGAAGGUAGGUCAAUGAAAGAUAUUGGAAAUGAUUACGUCAACUCUUUGUUGUGCAAUUCAUUGUUCCAAAACGCCGAGAAGGAUGGUUUUGGUAAGGUAGAGAAGUUCAAGAUGCAUGAUCUUGUUUUUGAUCUGGCACGUUCUCUUUCAACGUCGUUGACAAUCAAUGUCCUUGAUAUUCUAUUCAAAAAAUUCAAACAUUUACGUGUUCUACAUUUACGUAAUUGUGGAAUUGAAGAGUUACCAUCCUCAAUUAAGAAGUUGAAACACUUAAGGUAUCUUAACCUCAGGGACAAUCCAAUUGAAGCAUUACCUGAAUCUAUCACCAGCAUUUACCACUUGCAGACAUUGGACCUUCAUAAUUCCUCUAAAUGA